UUGUCAUAUGAGAAAUUGGCUCACCGUGACUUGAUGAUGCAGCCAGUUGAUCCUUUGCCAAACUGGGUUGUUGCACAAAUUCCACUUGGAGGAUUAGUUGGCUCCUCUGAAGGCCUGAUGGUCCUGCCCCAGGGGCUGGACUUGAUCUUCUGUCUCAGGACAGGUGCCUGUGUUCAAGGGCUGCUCUGCUGGGGUGCAGGGUGAGCCAGGCCUCUUCUAAGAUGGGAUGGUUCCCACCUGAGUCAUCUUCAACUCAUCCAGGCAGUAAUGUUCCCUGCGGGAGUCACUGGAGCCCAGCCCCUCACAUCUGGAUCCAUCCCUGGUUAGGAGGGUCUUGGGCUGUCUUGGGUUUCUUUGCCUGGAAAGAAGACCACCCUCAGUGAUCCACAGGCGGGGCUGAGAGAACAGGAAGCUGGUCACAGCAGGAACUGGAAGGCCAAAGGGGAUCGCCCUGGGCCAGAGCACCAAGGUCAGGGGUCCCCUCAUCUGGUCCUAGGCAGCUUGGCGAGGCCCCUCGCUUUCCCCUUGCUGGGCAUUUGGGAUCUUUGUCUGGACCCAGUCUUGCCCAGAGAUCUGGGGCCACAAUAUGUUGUCACUGGAGCCAGGGUGCUCCUCCCAGGGCAGUACAGCAGGGGAGGAGGGGCAGGGGCUCACGGGCAGGGAGGGUGAUGUGGUAAGGGCAACAGUAGCCAACAGUGGAAGAAAAGCAUAUCCAGAGGCUGUACUGGGUGGGGCUCUGGACUGGCCCUGGGACCGGAGUCCUGCGGAAGGACUGAGUCCUAGCAAGGACCUAUUGAGGGGCUAGUGAGCUCCAGAGGAGAGGGAGAACAGUAUCCCAGGAUGGGAACUGGUGUGGAGGGGUCUGUGGGGUCUGGAAUCUGUCCCGGAAACACUGGAUGACACCACCAUCCUGUCAGGGGAACAAGCACGGCGAGGGACCCUGUUGGGCUGGGGGACACACACCACCUCAGAGGAAACAGGGAAAGAGCUUUGCUGGGUCCAGGGAGAUCUCUGUGGGUCUCUCGGCCCAACUCCCCACAACUGUGUCCCCAAAGUUCCCCACCCUUGGCAGCACUGCCCUGAGCAGAAGACUCUGGAAUUCGCCUGUGCUGAGGGGAGAACAGUCUUCUGGACCUGCUUAAGCUCCAGAGACCCUCACUUCACAGCCUUUUCUGAGUCCACAGGGUCACACAUAGCCAUCUAUAAUAGUUGCAGGAGUAGUAUUAUUGUGUUCUUUCUCUCAAAGACGGUUUAAUACCUGACCACUCCUGCCAGUGGAGAAUGGUGUGUGUGGCCCUGUGACCCAGAGUUUCUGCUGCCACAGCACCCACUGCCUGCCCCCCCGCCCCCCGCCAUGGGGGCCGGCCACAGCUUGGGGCUUCCUAAUACCAAUCAGGAAUGUGGGAGGGCCUCAGCCCGUAGGACCCAGGCGAUGAGGGCCUGGAGUCGGGUAAACACUAAUUAGGGUUCACCACACCCUCCUGGGCAUCUGUACAGGCUGAGAGAACAGGCAUGGGGGCAGGCAGCCUCAGACUCCUGCCCCUGGCCUGGAUGGCAUGAACAAGGACUUGGGAGGACUUCUUCCAUGACUCCUGGCCACUGGGGUCAUAGUCCCCGGCCCUCUGCCCCCGCUACUGGUCGGUCAGGGCUCACUCCCGAACAGCCCCUCUCUAGCACAAUCAGUGACAAGAGGGAGGGAACAGAAGUUUACCAAGAACUUGCACACAUGAUCCCUCUAUCAGUGACAUGGCCAGGAAGGCGUGGCUGUCCCCAUUUUAUAGAUGAGGAAACUGAGGCUCACUUUUGGGCUGGUGAGUAAGGGAAGCGGCAUGUGACACGUGGCUUGAGGCAUCACUCUUCAACCUGAGUAACUAGGGAGGCAGCCUGGCCCCUUAAGCAUGUGAUGCAUCAGGGGCCUGUAGAGUGGCUUUCUGGGAAUCCUGGCCAGGGCCAGAUGUACCUCCCCUACUGGUGCUGGGGUCCUCCAUCUAUUCCUCUAGGACCUCCCGGGGGACACUGCUGGCCUCACAGGACCUCUCCGAGAAGCCAGGCCCCGAGGUGCAGGGGUGCUGGGCUCUCUCCUGUGCUGUCUGCCCCUGAAUGGGUCUGCGCAGGGGUUCAGGUGCUCCUGUGAGUGAGAAGCAGCUGACUGCAAGCCAGGAUGACUGGGUUUCCGGUUAACGCUAUGUCCUCCUCAGCCGUAGGCAAGGUACCACCAUGAAGCCCCCUUCCCCCGCCCCUCAAAUUUCCAAUGAAAGCUGCAGAGACACUGCAGAGCUGAAGUCUUUGGGAAUGGGGAGGUCAGUGGUGCCCAUUCCACUUGUGUCCCUGGCCUGAGGGACCGUCCGGGUCCCCAGGCCCACAGACCCCCAAGCCCCUGACUAGGGCACCCUGAGGAUCCUGGAUAGCAGGCUGGAAGUCCUAGGCCCUGUCUGGAUACACAGCAGUGCCCAGGCUAUGGGGAGCUUGAAGCCCAGGGGACUGGAAGGGCUGCUGUCCCCAAGGGCCUGUCAUCUCCCAGGGCAGUCAGGCCUCCUUUCCAGGCUCAGCCCUGCUCCUGUCCCUGCCCCUCAGAGGGUCCCCAAGUACCGGGUGUCAGGGUCUCAUACUGCCAGAGGGGCAGGGCUGCAGUCACGGCACUGGGGCAGCCCCACCCAGCCUCGUCUUCCUGCCGCGCCUGCGCUGACUCACCACCUGAUCUCCUACCUGGCUGGGGCGGGGGCUCCUGCCCCAGAGCCCAGGCAGGCAUCAGAGGCAUCUAUAAAAGCACGCUGAUCCAGACCACAGCAUCCUGCUUGGUUUGCCACUUGUCACCGCACAAUGCUGGGAGGUCUGGGGAAACUUGCUGCUGAGGGCCUGGCCCACCGCACUGAGAAGGCCACUGAGGAAGCUGUUCAUGCCGUUGAGGAGGUGGUGAAGGAGGUGGUGGAACACGCCAAGGAGGCCGGAGAGAAAGCCAUUGGCGAAGCCUUAAAGAAGGCCCAUGAGGCAGGGGACAAAGCGGUGAAGGAAGUCACUGAGACGGUGACCAACACAGUCACAAGUGCUGUCACCCAUGCAGCGGAGGGCCUGGGCAAGCUGGGACAGUGAGCGCACCCGCCUCCAGCGGACUUUUCCUGAAUCUCAAUAAAAAGCUGUGAAAUGUG